AUGCCUGAGGCCAUGGUGGAGGGAGGAGCAAUCACUCAAGAGGAAGCCAGCGCGCCUGGCUGGAUCGAAGCAAUUCGACGUCGAGCAACAUCUUCAACUACUAUCACCGGCAGCCAGCCGGCGCCCGCAUUGGCGCUGCUAACCGGAGCUGCGACGAGGGUUGCAGCCGCCAGCCGGCUCCCCCCGCUGCCAACGGAUCAUCACGUGUCAUCGUCCGUCCCGGAGGUGGACUGGAUACGCCGGCGCAACAACAACCAACAGACCCAAGGAGGCUCGGCCAAGCAACAGCCGGUACCCAAGCAACCAGCCCCGAGUCAACCGACGAAGCACCUGCCUACCACCACCAAGAGUCCGACUGCAACACCUACCUGGCCGACCGAGUCGCCGGUAAAGGUAGACCUGUACUACCUGGCACCAAACCCUCUGCACCCGAAGUCCCUAAAUAUCGGCACGGCUAAUGACACCGGCCACCAUCCCAAGCGUCGCUCCCUCUUCCAGCUGUGCACCUCCCUGCACCGAUCGCUGAGCGUGCAACGCGUGCUGCUCCUGGCGCCGGAAGUGCAGUUCUACGCCGACGUCUCCCUCUUGUGGGCGCAGUUCGAACUGUUCCCCGCAAGGGCCGUGUUCGGCCUGGCGAGGGAGCAAAGCCCCAGGUACGCUCGCGCCCUGCGGCAUCAAAGGGGCGCCGCUCCAAAGCAGGGUGGUUGCGGGGAUCCCCCGACCGUGGGCGGCAACCCAGGCUUAAACAGCGCCGUCGCCCUGCUAGACCUGGACGCCAUGCGACGGUCGCCAGAGUACAACCGUCUCUACUCAACCCUGGACGAUAUGGUGAAUGCAUAUGGCUGGUACGGAGGACCGCUGGCCGACAACGACUUCUACACGAUAGCCUCGUGUCGGACACCGGCGCUCCUGCAUCUGCUGCCCUGUGCCUGGAACCGGCAGGUUCCCACGAGCAACAAGGCGCCAGUGGCUUCGUCAAGCGGAGAAGCUCGCGACGGCGGCCUCUACAGGUGGUGCGAAGGGGGCGUGUACGCCUGCUCGGCACACUGUCCCGAGUACUAGUCACAAGGCGGUGCUAAUUAUGCGCGGCUGUGUGCCUACUUCUACAAGAAGGGAUGCACUGCAAUAA